CAGCAGCAGCAGCAGCAGCAGCUUGUGUGUGCCUGUGAGUGCCGGCGGCGGUCUGCGCCUGCAGUGCUCUGCUGCAUAUCUAUCGAUUCUCGAAUGUGUCACAACAAUCGAACGUCGCACAAGUUUUGGUUUUAGCCGUUUGUUAUUUUUUUAUUAUACUCAACAAGUGCAAUUUUAAUCCUCGAAUGUGCCAUUGGUUUUUUAUUUUUUACGUGAAUGCCAUGCUGCCCGUCUUCUCUUCGCCAAGAUCCUCCCGACGCAGCUCCUGCUAAUUGUUGAGGAAAACACAUGCAGACAAUAAAGUGACAGAAAUAUUUAGAUGAUAAUUUUAGAUAUUCAAUUUGACAUGUACUAGUUAUCUGUCAAACCAGAGAGUAAGAUGGCAACCUUGUUUGAUGCUCCGUAUCUAUCACACAGAUUACGCCAAAUCGAAGAACACUAUGAAGAACGAACAGCAUUUGGAAGAUGUGACUGCACAAGCUAUAGCUAUUUUGCAGUUAGCAUGGUCCUCUUUACUAUUGGUACAACGAUCACUAUACUUGCCUUAGGUGAUGUAGUAGAUGGACAUGUUUUUUCUCACCUUGGACAUAUGUGGUUAGUUGGUCCAAUUUUUAUAUGUUCUGGUCUUAUGGUAGCAGUAAAAUGCAUGCUCUACCUCAGAAGAAAAUCAGUCAUCCAAAUGAUCUUUCAUCAGCGUCAACUCUUCAGGCACAUACACGACUUCAAUAAUUAUCGAGCUCCUCACGAUGGCUUGACGAGCUCGGGCACGGGCACACCCGGACCUCCGCCUUACGAGGUGAUAGCACAAGCGCAGCAGGUGGGACAGGCCGGCGAGAUCCCACCGCCGACUUACGCCGAGGCUGUUGCUCUUCUGCAGCAGGCCGGCAUACACGAUGCCAAGCCGUGCACCACUGCCGAUCUCCGACCAGAUGCUCUGAUACAGGCCGGCAAGCCCUAAUGGACGAUGGAUAUCCUGUGAUAUACUUGCAUCGUAAACACUCGACUCCGAUGUCGUUCGUUUGGCUGCAUAUAUCGUAUAAGAAUCGGCUGCGAUCCGACAACUCCGAGCAUUUUUCUAUGUAGUCUCUGUACUCGACGUGUACGGUGGUCAAUACUUCGAAUGGACGAAUGACAGAGUCCGGCGUUCUUUAUUUUCUACAUGUGCCUAAACUUUGUAUAAUAGAACUAGUGUGUAUUUUUAUACAAGUUUUUUUUACACAGCAAUUAAUACUUAGGUGGGUAAAUACAAUUACUCGAACCCGUGAAAGAUAAUAAUUUAGUACAUAUUUUAAAUGCCAAAUGUUUUUUAUACUAUACUAUUAGACGAUACAAAAAUAAAGACGUACAAUUUUCCUCUUUGCACGCGAUCGUAUUAGAAUGCGUGAAUUCGUACGAGGAAAAAAAAACUUAGAAAAUGGCAAACGGAGAGGAGAUGCGCGUCGGUAAACGAGCCGGGAAGGGAAAAAAACAAUACGAUUAGACUAUUGAACGAUGAUAAAAUUUUCCUGUGCUCCCCUUGUGUGUUGAUGCUCUUUCUCUCUCUCUCUCUCUCUUUCUCACUCUCGUGUGCAGAACGACGAUCAAAAAUGAUUUAUUCAAUGAAAGUCUUGGCUUUUUGUGCCGUUACGCAAUGGCCGGUUCAAGUUAAAACUUUCAAACUGUGAUUUAUUGUUUGACGCGCAAAUUUAACGAGAGCUCAAUCUCUGCACCGCGCGUGAAAUUAGCCGCGGUGCAUGCGAACAAAGUUUAAUUUAAUCAUUAGCAAAAAACAAAUCGAUGCGCUCACUCGCGCACGAAAAUAGCGCUGAAUCUUUCAUACCAGCAGUAAAUGUAUAUUACACGCUCGUGCGAUAAAUUCAAUUGUAAUUUAUCGUUAAGUCUCUUACACACGUAGUCGAUAGUCAACGAGAGAUGUGUUUACGUAUAUAUAUAAAUUUAUAUAUGUAUGCUUAUGGUUGCAUUGGCGAUCGAAGCGAAGCGAUUUUUUUAUCAUCGAUCGAUCGUUAAUACGAUGCUUUUUCGUGAUUAGAGUAACAUUUUUUUCCAUGAUAAAAUCUAGGUUGUUUUAUUGAAUUGAAAAAAAAAAUUAAACAAUCGUCAUUGUACAUAAUACAGUUUUUCAAGUGCGCUCGAGAAUUGUUCUUGACCGCCGCCAAUGCGAAUAGAGCGUAUUUUUGUAUUAUAUGACAUACUUAUUAAGACUGCUGAUGCCUUGUGUAAAGAAAAAAAGUUUACGAACAGUUAUUUUUCUCAGAGUAGCGCAAUGUAGCAUUCGUUUAAACGAGAAAAAAUUUGGAAAAAAUAACAGUUGGUAAAAUUAAAAAAAAAACUCGGAAAAACCUGACGAAAAUAACAUAUUGUUAUUUUGGACUACGUAACAUUAUCAUAAUUAUUGGUCAUUAACUUAUGUAAGGAUUUUCGUAUCCGCGAUUUAAACAGACAAUAGUUUUAACUAUAAUGUUUUUCUUCCUGCAUUGUAAUAAAUGCGAUGGCAUCGAAUCUUAUACAAUGUAUAUGAUUACAUUGCAGAAAUUAGAAUAUUCUUAAUCGCGUCAAGUUAAUUAAGUUAGUCGUGUAUUUUGUAAGACUCAUAUUUUCAAUAUCUGUUAUUGAUUAUAAAUCUUAAUUUUUAUUGCCCAUUGUGAUGUUUUGUAUAAAUAUAUAUUAAUAAAAAGAUCAACGAUGAUAGCAGCUCUGCCUA